ACAUGGCUGGUCUCGGGCGUUGGGCGAAAGUGGCCGUGGUGUGGCUAGUUUUGAAGCAGUGGACUGUUAUCCAGGCUACGGAAGGACAGUGGCGCAAGCCUCUUGGUGUCUGGAUUAUGGACGAUGUGCACAACUACCAUGACGUUAGCGGUGGUAUAAAUCACGCCUCUUCCGCCGGAGGUUCCAUUUCUAAAACCACGGGGCCAAGAGGGGAAACAAACGGCGGAACACAGUUUAUCGGGACAUCGGAUUCCUAUGUGAUCCUCGGCAAUGACGGGGGUUUAGACGCCCGGUAUUCUUUCACGUGGGUGGCAUGGAUAAAGAAUGAGGGUUCCACGGAGGCACCCCUGUUCAGUUUUCAUAACUCCGGAGGUGACAAUUUCGGACUUCAUUUUUUUCAACAUCCAAACGACCACUCGUUCACGGUUGUGUUUCGGCGACGGAGUGACGGCGCUAGCACGAACAACUUUUACACUGUUGCUAACGUCCUGACGCUGAAUACGUGGGUCUUGGUUGCAGUCACCUACGAUUAUACCCUUGGGGUGAUGAAAGUUUAUAAGGAUGGUCAGGUGGUCCAUACAGAGUACCCUGGACAAUAUGAACAUUCAACUGAUGGCCAGUAUGUGGCUAUCGGUUCACGGAAUUCUCUGGCCUCCGACAGCAGACAUUUUGCCGGAGUGAUGUCCUGUAUACACUGGUAUGAUGUUGCCUUGACCCAAGCUCAGGUGAAGCAAAUUGGUGCCAACUGCUUCACACAAGGUUUACCCUUACCAGCUGGCUGGUGGCCACUAGACAGCGACUAUAAAGGACUUGACGUUACUGGGAAUGGGAAUAACGCAAUACUCAGCAAUGUGAGCCCUCAUACCGGUCCAUUCCUAAACAACAUUGGCUCCUACUAUCUCCGAGGAAGUUCAGAUUCUUACAUUGAAAUCCCGAACAACGGCAAGCUUGACGUGAGGUAUUCGUUUACAUAUAUGGCGUACAUCUGGCCCACCCAAAUGUCUGGAAAUGGGCUGAAUGGAGAGGGCCCAUUGUUUGACUACUACGCUGGGACAGGUGCCACAUGGGCAGAGCACAUUUGGGUUACGGGCCAAGGUCUCUCUCUCUACGUAUGCAGUUUUAACAGGAAUUUUGCGUCGACGGGAUGCACAUCGAAAAAUAUCAUUACCAGUUUUUCUUGGCAGCAUCUUGCAUUAACCUAUGAUUACUGGAUAAAUCGUAUUACUCUCUACAAGAAUGGUGUACAGGUGUUCACUUAUACACCAACAAAAUCUGAAAUUGGUACCGCAGGUUCUUAUAUAAGAAUAGGCGCAAAGGUCGGCGAUAACCGUUUUUAUCAAGGGAAUGUCGGCUGCCUCAAAUUAUAUGGAACCCCGUUGUCUCAAGCCGAAAUACGACAGUCAAUGCAUUACUGUUCCCCGAAGGGACCAUCGAUUUUACGCACGUAUCCGUUACCAGCUGGAUUUUGGCCCUUCAGUAAAAGCUACAGCAAUGAAGACAUCUCUAGUCAUGGUAUUGACGCCGAUCUGUAUGAGACAUCAUUCGUCACUGGGCCUCAUGGUGAUCCGAAUGGUGCAAUACGAGUUUCGGGAACCAGCACGUCUUAUAUUGAGUAUCCUCAGAGCACUGUGCUGGAUGCAAGAUUUGCCUUUACUUUGAUGCUUUGGUAUUUACCAGGUGGUGAGCCAAGUGGUCCUAUAUUCCAGAACGAGCAUCCCACAACUGGCUGGGGAUUGGUUAUUUGGCAGCACUCUUCGAAGGAGAAUUUGUAUGUGGCCCUUAGGCAAUGGUCUGAUGGAGCGCAUAUUUCGGACUGCACAUUUCAGAAUAUAUUUGAGGAAGAUGUUUGGUUACAUCUAGCUGUUACAUACAAUUAUGGCACUGGCAUAGUUACUGCCUAUAAAAAUGGAAUUGAGUUUGGAACUGCUAACGUCGGAUCUGUCGAAGUGGCGACAAAUUAUGAAUUUAGAACUGGUGUCAAGAAAAGUGACAGCAGAGUUAUAGAUGCCAGUCUGUUCUGCUUGAAGUGGUACACGACCGAUCUGGAUAUUAAUCAGAUCAACAAAGCCAAAGAUCAAUGUUCUCCGGAUAUGUUGCAGCUCUUCAACAAAGAUGGCAUACAGCCCAAACCAGUGGGUCUUUGGAUGCUUGGCGGCAAGGACGGUCUGAAAGACAAAGGCCGUGGUGGAAAUGACGGAGUGCGCAGCCAGACUCACAUUCAACAGGAUGGACCUCGUGGAGAGCCAUACGGAUCGUUCUACUUCAACGACUCGCCAAGUGAUCGUAUACGGAUACCAAACAACGGGUGGUUAGACGUUAGACGUUCCUUGACUGUUGGGGUCUACAUUUACCCAAUGUCUGUUAGCAGCACUGCGUAUAUCGUAGAGUGGGACAUGCCGGGUGGGACCACUACGUAUGGCCCUCACAUAGCACUUAUGUCAGGAGGACGAGUGUACUGCAAAUUCAAUACAUAUUAUCAAUCGAACGGAGCCACCGGUGGACCGUAUGCUACGUCACCUAAUGGCGCCGUUCAAGAACAGAAAUGGCAGCACCUUGCAGUUGUCUACGACUACGAUAGCGGGGAGGCAAGUGUCUGGGUGGACGGGGAGGUUAAGCACAGUUUCUACGCCGGCCAACUCCAGUUAGGAACUCACGACAACUUGUACAUCGGACAUGGCUAUGCUUCAACAGGGAGUGACUUCUUUGGUCGUAUGGCUUGUUUCCAAAUAUAUGACGUCGCACUCUCUCAGACACAGAUUAUAGCCAGCAAAAACCUGUGCGUACCUGAAGGGGGACUUCCUCGCCCAAUAGGUCUGUGGCCGUUGAACUCCCGAUAUCAAGGUCUGGACGUCAGCGGAGGAGAGAGCCACGCCUCUUUAGGAAAUGUUACCUUUUCCCCGGGCCACAUGGGACAGAUGGGUGGAGCAACUAGUUUUUCAGGGACGGCUGAUAGUUACAUCGAAAUUGCAAAUAGCGGAGCUCUGGAUGCCAGAUUUUCUUUUACAUAUUUGGCAUAUGUAUACCUCUCUAACACUACAAUUGGACCAAUAUUCAACUUUGGGUCAAACGCAUCUACGCAGGGUAAUUACGGACUACAUGCGUGGGUCACGGGCGGGUAUAGUUUUUUCGUUCGUGUAAACGAAAGAAGUGGAUACUGGGGGGUUUCUAUGGGCAGUACUAUGCCAUUGAAUAGCUGGCAGUUUGUUGGAGCGACAUAUGACUAUGCCUCUGGGAUGUUGCGUACUUGGUUUAACGGCAUAGAACAAGACAAUUUAUACGUGGGUCGUUUGGAAGUGGCCACAGAGGAUUACGUCCGUAUGGGGUCCAGAAGAGCAAGCUACGGUGACAACCGUUACUUCUUGGGAACACUGGAGUGCGUGCAGCUCUACAACCUACCCCUAAGCCAGUCGCAGAUUAAAAAGGCAAUGGAACUCUGCAAAGGAGCAGGACAUCAUUUCAGUAGUCCAAGCAACGUCCCCACCGGAUACGGUACGGCGGUGUCACAGGUCACGUGGUCUACGACAGCCCGCGUUCUCUCCGAGUGCAUUGCAAAGUGCACUACGGCAGAGACUUGCCUCUCUGUGAAUUACCAAGAUGUUUUCGGUCAACCAAGUCAGUGUGAACUAUCCGCUGCCAUUUCGAAGUUCAAUUCUUCGGUUCAGUUUGAAGAUAAGGGUGGGACCUAUAAAUACUUUGAAAUGGACCACAGCGUCAACCACAUUUGCGUUUGAAUGUUUCUUCGAAACCUUAUAGCAGAAAGGUGUUAAGAGACAAGACAAUCAAGAACGUUAAGAUUAGGGUCUGGUUUUGACUUUUAAGAUUGGAAAAAAUAUAGAAUCGUUGUAUAAAACCACGUGUUUUAUAAUUUAGAUGUUUUACUAUAUUCACUUAUUCGGUUUAGUUUUUUUUUCCAA